AUGAGUUCGAAAUUAUUAAAUACAACAAAUGCAAAUUUAAUAUCAUUUCCAUCUAUAAGUCUUUUUCCUCAUUCACCAAAUUAUAUUCAUAUUUAUUUUUUAAUAAAUGCUAUAUCAUUUUCUCAAAACUUAAAAAUAACAUCAACUUAUUCUAUAAAUAAUUCUCAAAAUGAUAUUUUAAUCGACGAUAAAUCAACAAAAACACAUUAUCUUUCUAAUCUCAUGAAAGAAAUAAAAACAUCAUUAAAAUAA